CUUCCGGUGGUGUGUCAUGGCGAUGGCACGGUGAAUCUAAUUGAAAGGGAAAUAUAACUCGCCCUGUUCCACCUUUUCAUCGAUUUCGAAUAAUUUCCAUGCCGAUCUAAAAUUGUUAGGUACGAUCGCACACCUUGGAUUUGGAAGCAGAGCAUCCACGGUUGCCAUCCGCCCGGCAAUGGCGGCACACAAACCAGUGGAAUGGGUCCAGGCCGUGAUCACUAGAUUUGAUGAGCAGCUUCCAAUCAAAGUGGGACACCAGAACACCCACACCAAAGUCAGCACAGAGCACAACAAGGAAUGUCUGAUCAACAUCUCCAAGUACAAGUUCUCCCUUGUUAUCAGCGGCCUCACCAACAUCCUGAAAAAUGUUAACAACUUGAGAAUAUUUGGGGAGACUGCGGAGAAGAACCUCUACCUCUCUCAGCUCAUCAUACUGGACACACUGGAGAAGUGCCUGGCUGGGCAAUCUAAGGACUGCUUGCGUCUAGAUGAAACCAUGUUAGUGAAGCAGCUCCUGCCAGAAAUUUGUCACUUCAUUCAUACCUGCCGUGAGGGCCAUCAGCAUGCAGCAGAGCUUCGGGCCUCGGCCUCAGGGGUUCUCUUCUCCCUCAGCUGCAACAACUUCAAUGCUGUGUUCAGCCGUAUCUCCACCAGGCUACAGGAACUGACAGUCUGUUCAGAAGACACUGUGGAUGUACAUGAUAUAGAGCUGAUGCAGUACAUCAACGUGGACUGCUCUAAGCUCAAGAGGCUUAUUCAAGAAACUGUGUUGAAGUUUAAAGCACUCAAGAAGCCUGCACAACUAGCUGUCAUUAACAGUUUAGAGAAGGCAUUUUGGAACUGGGUGGAAAACUACCCAGAUGAGUUCACCAUGCUUUACCAGCGGCCACAGACAGACAUGGCAGAAGCUGCCGAGAAGUUGUUUGACUUGGUGGACAGCUUUGCCGAGAGUGCCAAGAGGAAGGCGGCAGUGUGGCCCCUGCAGAUCAUCCUCCUAAUUCUCUGUCCAGAGAUCAUACAGACCAUCUCCAGGGAUACCGUCGAGGACAGUAAAGCCAAUAAGAAACUAUUCGUGGACAGCUUACGGAAGGCACUAGCUGGCCAGGGGGGCGGCAAGCAGCUGACGGAGAGUGCAGCAAUAGCCUGUGUAAAACUGUGUAAAGCCUCUACCUACAUCAACUGGGAGGAUCACUCAGUCAUUUUCCUCUUGGUCCAGUCCAUCGUUAUGGAUCUUAAGGCUUUGCUCUUUAACCCAGCUAAACCCUUCUGGCGUGGGACGGGCAGCCAAAAUUCUGAUGUGGACCUCAUGAUGGACUGCUUCGUCUCAUGCUUCCGUAUCAAUCCACACAACAAUCAGCACUUUAAGGUCUGCCUGGCUUCCUCCUCCCCCUCAACUUUUCAUUUUGUUCUGGUCAACUCUUUGCAUAGAAUAAUCACCAAUUCCCAUCUGGACUGGUGGCCGAAGAUAGAUGCGGUGUACUGCUACUCUGGGGAGCUACGCUACAUGUUCUCAGAAACACUCAACCGGGUUAUACAAGGCCUUAACACACAUGCUCCACUACGCAUGACUCCGAGUCUCACAUUUAAGGAGAAGAUGACAACCAGCCUUAAGUUCAAAGAGAAAGCCACAGAAUUGGACACACGCAGCUACAAGUGCCUCCUUCUUGCUCUGGUCAAGCUCAUUCAUGCCGACCCCAAGCUCAUGCUGCACAAUCCAGUGAAGCAGGCCCUGGAGACCCAGAGCAGCACAGCGGAGCUCAUCACAGGCCUGGUACAGCUUGUGCCUCUAACCAACACUGCCCAGCUCGCUCAAGAAGCCAUGGAGGCUCUAUUAGUUCUGCACCAGCCAGAAACCAUAGAGCUGUGGAACCCUGAUGCCCCCAUUGAAACGUUCUGGGAUAUCAGUUCCCAGGUGCUUUUUCUCAUCUGUCGGAAACUGAUUGGGCAGCAAAUAGUCAACGGGACAGAGGUGCUCAAGUGGCUGAGGGAGAUCCUUAUCUGCAGGAACAAGUUCCUCCUAAAAAACAAGGAGUGUGCAACCCUGGGCAGUGGGAUCCCCAUUUGUCGACAAGCUCAAACCAAGUUGGAGGUGUCGUUAUACAUGUUUUUGUGGAGCCCUGAUGCUGAGGCAGUGCUGGUGGCCAUGUCAUGCUUCCGCCACCUCUGUGAGGAGGCCGAUAUCCGUAGUGCUGCUGAUGAGGUUCCCGUGCAGACCAUCCUGCCCAACUAUGCCACUUUCAGUGAACUAGCCUCAGUCAGCAACAUGAUGGGGACAGGGCGCUCAACUUUGCAGAAGAGGGUGAUGGCCUUGCUAAGGAGGAUAGAGCACCCCACCCCAGGAAACAUUGAGGCUUGGGAAGAUACAUAUGUAAAAUGGGAUCAAGCCACCAAAUACAUUCUUAACGUCCCCAAAAACAAGGCAGAUGAUGGGCAGCAGGAGUGGAUCAACAUGACGGGCUUCCUCUGUGCUCUAGGUGGUGUUUGCCUCCAGCAGCGCAGCACUCCUGGCCCUGCAACUUAUAGCCCCCCCAUGGGCCCUAUUAGUGAGCGCAAACACUCGAUGAUCUCCAUGAGCUCUUGUGAAGUCUCGAACCCUAUAGGAACCACUGUCUCCUGCUCCUCUUCCUCUGCCUCCAAUGAGACACCACUGAGUCGCUUCCUGGACAGGCUUCUGGCCCUGCUUGUGUGUGGACAUGAUAGGGUGGGCCUCCAUGUUCGCACCAAUGUCAAAGAUCUGUUGGGGCUUGAACUCAGCCCAGCCCUCUACCCCAUGCUUUUCAACAAGUUGAGGAAUAGUAUUGGCAAGUUCUUUGACACACAGGGUCCGGUCCCCAUCAAUGACACCAACACCCAGUUUGUGGAGCAAACUAUUGCCAUCAUGAAAAACUUGCUGGAUAACCACACAGAGGGCAGUUCGGAACACUUGGGACAGGCCAGCAUUGAGACAAUGAUGCUCAACCUGGUCAGGUAUGUACGUAUUCUGGGAAAUAUGGUCCAUGCAAUUCAGAUAAAGACCAAGCUGUGCCAGCUGGUGGAGGUGAUGAUGGAGAGACGAGAUGACCUCUCCUUCUGUCAGGAGAUGAAGUUCAGGAACAAGAUGGUGGAAUACCUGACUGACUGGGUAAUGGGAACAUCCAACCAAGCUGCUGAUGACGAUAUCAAGUGUCUGACAAGGGACUUGGACCAGGCCAGUAUGGAGGCAGUUGUUUCUCUGCUAGCUGGCUUACCACUGCAGCCAGAGGAGGGAGAUGGAGUUGAACUGAUGGAGGCCAAGUCCCAGCUUUUCCUCAAGUACUUCACCCUCUUCAUGAAUCUUCUGAACGACUGCAGUGAGGUGGAAGAUGAAGGCCAGCCAGUAGGUGGGAGGAAGAGGGGAAUGUCCCGCCGUUUGGCAUCACUUCGCCACUGCACCGUUCUGGCCAUGUCCAACCUCCUUAAUGCCAACGUAGACAGUGGCUUAAUGCACUCCAUAGGUCUGGGAUAUCACAAGGACCUCCAGACACGAGCGACCUUCAUGGAAGUUCUAACCAAAAUCCUGCAGCAGGGGACAGAGUUCGACACACUGGCUGAAACAGUCCUGGCUGACCGCUUUGAGAGGCUGGUGGAGCUGGUCACCAUGAUGGGAGACCAGGGAGAGUUGCCUAUUGCCAUGGCACUGGCGAAUGUGGUGCCUGGAUCCCAGUGGGAUGAGCUCGCCCGUGUGCUGGUAACACUGUUUGACUCUCGCCACCUCCUCUACCAGCUUCUGUGGAACAUGUUCUCCAAGGAGGUGGAGCUGGCAGACUCCAUGCAGACCCUCUUUAGAGGCAACAGCCUGGCGAGCAAAAUAAUGACCUUCUGUUUCAAGGUAUAUGGGGCGGCGUACCUCCAGAAGCUACUGGAGCCUCUGUUGAGAGGGGUCAUCACCACCCCUGACCAUAUUAGCUUUGAGGUUGACCCCACAAGACUUGAGCAAGGGGAAAACCUAGAGGAGAACCAGAGGAACUUGCUGCAGAUCACCGAGCGUUUCUUCCAGGCUAUCAUCGGAUCCUCCAGUGAAUUCCCCCCACAGCUCCGCAGUGUUUGCCACUGCCUGUACCAGGCUACUUGCCACUCUCUACUGAAUAAAGCAACAGUUAAAGAAAAAAAGGAAAACAAAAAAGCAGUCGUGAGCCAACGGUUUCCUCAGAACAGCAUUGGUGCGGUGGGAAGUGCAAUGUUCCUACGCUUCAUCAACCCAGCAAUCGUGUCUCCUUAUGAGACAGGCAUCUUGGACAAAAAACCCCUCCCCAGGAUAGAACGUGGUCUCAAGCUCAUGUCCAAGAUCCUGCAGAGCAUUGCCAACCAUGUGCUGUUUACUAAAGAGGAGCACAUGAGGCCUUUUAAUGACUUUGUGAAGAGCAACUUUGAUGCAGCCAGGCGGUUUUUCUUGGACAUUGCAUCUGACUCACCACCCAGUGACUCCAUCAACCACAGUCUCUCCUUUAUCAGCGAUGGCAAUGUGCUGGCUCUCCACAGACUGCUGUGGAACAACCAGGAGAGGAUUGGGCAGUACCUCUCCAGCAACAGGGACCACAAGGCAGUGGGCAGGCGACCCUUUGACAAGAUGGCAACCCUUCUAGCCUACCUGGGGCCUCCUGAGCACAAACCUGUGGCUGACACCCACUGGUCCAGCCUUAAUCUGACUAGUUCUAAAUUUGAGGAGUUCAUGACUAGGCACCAGGUCCAUGAAAAAGAGGAGUUCAAAGCCCUGAAGACUCUCAAUAUAUUUUAUCAGGCUGGAACCUCAAAAACUGGCAAUCCUAUGUUCUACUAUGUGGCUCGCAGGUUCAAAACAGGCCAGAUCAAUGGUGAUCUGCUGAUCUACCAUGUCCUCCUCACACUUAAACCAUAUUACGCCAAGCCCUACGAGAUUGUGGUGGAUCUAACACAUGUCGGGCCAAGCAAUCGCUUUAAGACGGACUUCCUCUCCAAGUGGUUUGUGGUCUUCCCGGGCUUUGCCUAUGAGAAUGUGGCAGCUGUCUACGUGUACAAUUGCAACACUUGGGUAAGAGAGUAUACCAAGUACCACGAGAGGCUCCUAACCGGCCUCAAGGGCAGCAAGCGGCUUCAGUUCAUCGACACUCCGGCCAGGCUAGCGGAACACAUUGAGCCUGACCAACAGAAGCUGCCGGCAGCCACACUGACCCUGGAAGAAGACCUUAAGGUGUUUCAUAAUGCACUUAAGCUUGCCCACAAAGACACCAAGGUGUCAAUCAAGGUGGGCUCUACAGCAGUACAGGUGACUUCGGCGGAGCGGACUCGUGUCCUGGGCCAGCCCGUUUUUCUCAACGACGUCUACUAUGCUUCAGAGAUUGAGGAGAUCUGCUUGGUAGAUGAGAGCCAGUUUACCCUCACCAUGGCCAACCAGGGCACACCGCUCACCUUCAUGCACCAGGAGUGUGAUGCCAUUGUCCAGUCCAUAAUCCAUAUACGCACACGCUGGGAGCUGUCACAGCCUGAUUCCAUUCCCCAGCACACCAAGAUCAGACCUAAAGAUGUCCCUGGCACCCUGCUUAAUAUUGCCUUACUCAAUCUGGGCAGUUCUGACCCCAGCCUCAGGUCUGCAGCAUACAACCUCCUGUGUGCUUUGACUUGCACCUUCAACCUGAAGAUUGAGGGCCAGCUACUGGAAACAUCAGGCCUGUGCAUACCAGCUAACAACACACUCUUCAUAGUAUCUAUUAGCAAGACCCUGGCUGCUAACGAGCCCCACUUAACACUGGAGUUUCUGGAGGAGUGCAUCUCAGGCUUCAGCAAGUCUAGUAUUGAGUUGAAGCAUCUGUGUCUUGAGUACAUGACUCCCUGGCUGCUCAACCUUGUGCGGUUUUGCAAGCACACCGAUGACGCCAAGCGCCAGCGCGUCACUGCCAUCUUGGACAAGCUCAUUACCAUGACGAUCAACGAGAAACAGAUGUAUCCCUCCAUACAGGCCAAGAUCUGGGGAAGCUUGGGACAAAUAACAGACCUUUUGGAUGUGGUGCUGGACAGCUUUAUUAAGACCAGCGCCACAGGAGGCUUGGGAUCCAUCAAAGCGGAGGUCAUGGCUGAUACUGCAGUUGCUUUGGCUUCAGGGAAUGUUAAACUGGUUUCCAGCAAGGUCAUUAGUCGGAUGUGCAAGAUCAUUGACAAGACAUGCCUGUCACCCACGCCAACACUGGAGCAGCACCUGAUGUGGGAUGAUAUCGCCAUCUUGGCUCGCUACAUGCUAAUGCUGUCCUUCAACAACUCGUUAGAUGUUGCAGCCCAUCUACCUUAUCUUUUCCAUGUUGUAACACUACUGGUGGCCACCGGCCCUCUGUCUCUCCGAGCCUCCACGCACGGUUUGGUCAUCAACAUCAUUCACUCCCUCUGCACCUGCUCCCAGCUGAACUUCAGUGAGGAAACCAAACAGGUGUUACGCCUGAGCCUGACUGAGUUCUCCCUGCCCAAGUUCUACCUGUUGUUUGGUAUCAGUAAGGUCAAGUCAGCUGCUGUCAUUGCCUUCCGCUCGAGCUACCGUGACCGCUCCUUCUCCCCGGGCUCCUACGAGAGGGAGACCUUUGCCUUGUCCUCCCUUGAGACUGUCACUGAGGCCCUUCUCGAGAUCAUGGAGGCAUGUAUGAGGGACAUCCCGGGCUGCAAGUGGCUAGACCAGUGGACAGAGCUCGCUCAGAAGUUUGCAUUCCAGUACAACCCCUCGCUACAGCCCAGGGCACUUGUGGUGUUUGGCUGCAUCAGUAAGAGGGUGAGCCAUGGCCAGAUUAAGCAGAUCAUCCGCAUCCUCAGCAAAGCCAGUCCGCUGCUCAGCAUUGAUCGGGGUCUGGAGAGCUGUCUAAAGGGGCCAGAUAAUUACAACAGCCAGGUUUUGAUAGAGGCUACUGUCAUUGCGCUGACCAAGCUGCAGCCUCUACUGAGCAAGGAGUCGCCCAUGCACAAGGCACUGUUCUGGGUUGCCAUAGCUGUUCUGCAGCUAGAUGAGGUCAAUUUGUACUCUGCGGGAACCGCCCUGCUGGAGCAGAACCUCCAUACACUGGACACACUGCGAGUGUUCAACGACAAGAGUCCCGAGGAAGUGUUUAUGGAGAUCCGGCGACCUUUAGAGUGGCACUGUAAGCAGAUGGAUCACUUUGUAGGCCUUAACUUCAGCUCCAACUUCAACUUUGCACUAGUGGGCCACCUGCUCAAAGGCUACAGGCAUCCAUCUCCCACCACAGUAGCGAGAACUGUGCGUAUCCUCCACACCCUUUUGGCCCUUAUCAGCAAAUUUCUGAAAUGCGACAAGUUUGAAGUCAACACCCAGAGUGUGGCUUAUUUGGCAGCGUUGCUGACAGUGUCUGAGGAGGUUCGAAGUCGCUGUAGCCUCAAACACAGAAAAUCACUGCUGCUCUCGGACCACUCAGUUGACACCGUUCCCAUGGACACCUACUCCAGCCACCUCGCUGACCACAGUUGCAGAACCCUGCGGGAGAACCAGCCGUGGACAUCCCCCAAGGUGUCGGAGCCCUACCUUUCAGCUCACCAGUAUUCCACCAUGGGCCAGAUCAGCCCGCGUACACGCAAGUCUAUGAGCCUGGACAUGGGACAGCCUUCCCAGGCCAACACCAAGAAGCUCCUAGGCACAAGGAAGAGCUUUGACCACCUCAUAUCAGACUCCAAAGCACCAAAGAGACCCGAAAUGGAGUCGGGCACAACCACCCCACCAAAGAUGAGACGUGUGGCAGAGAAUGACUAUGAGAUAGAGACCCAAAGAAUCGGCAACUCUCACCUGCGCAAGGUGUCUGUGUCUGAGUCGAAUGUACUGCUGGAUGAAGAGGUGCUGACAGACCCCAAGAUCCAAGCUCUGCUGCUCACUGUGUUGGCAACACAGGUCAAAUACACCACUGAUGACUUUGACCAGCGGAUUCUGUACGAGUACUUGGCUGAAGCAAGUGUUGUCUUCCCAAAGGUCUUCCCUGUGGUUCACAAUCUGCUGGACUCCAAGAUCAUCACUCUGCUGUCAAUGUGCCAGGAUACCAACCUCCUGAACCCCGUCCAUGGCAUUGUCCAGAGUGUGGUGUACCAUGAGGAGUCACCCCCACAGUACCAACCCUCUUAUUUACAGAGCUUUGGCUUUAAUGGGCUGUGGAGGUUUGCUGGGCCCUUCUCUAAGCAAACUCAGAUCCCAGACUACGCAGAGCUGAUUGUAAAGUUUCUGGAGGCCCUGAUUGACAGCUACCUGCCAACAGCUGAGGAGGAGCGGGGCCAGGAGCAGCUGCGCACACCCACCUCCCCAUACCCCCCUUCCAGUCAGAGUCAGCUAAGCAUCACAGCUAACCUGAACCUUUCUAACUCCAUGACCUCACUGGCCACUUCACAGCAUUCACCAGGUGUGGACAAGGAGAACGUCCAGCUGUCCCCCAGCUCGGCUUUGUCCACCAGCGGCCGGACACGCCACGGCUCAGCCAGUCAGGUGCAGAAGCAGCGCAGUGCAGGAAGCUUCAAGAGACCCAGCAUUAAGAAAAUAGUAUGAGAAAACGAA